AUGGCCUGCGGUAAUAAGGAAAAUAUCCUAACCUACUUAGAUAGCAUAAUUAUGAUUUUUCUUGCUUCUCUAUAUGCCGUAUCGAUAUAUAUGACUGUAGGUCAACUUAUUGUGCAUCGAGACGCUAAGAUAUUGAGUUCAGUGCCCGUAAAAUGGCUUACUGCGAUCUUCGUUACGGGAGAUAUAAUAGCGUUUUUGAUAGGCAUUGCGGUAAGCGGAACAAAAAACGCGAUGACCACCCGCGAGCAUAUCACGACUUGCGGUCUUACCGUAUAA